ACCUGCUCCUUGACGCCCGCCGGUUCGGACGCGUGGCGCAUGCGCACUGAGAAGCUAAGGUGAUGCUCUGUGGCCGGCGUCCGUGUUCCAGCUGGGGAAACGCUGACUGGAUUCGCGGGAGGUGGUCAGAAUGCAACGUCAGUGGGAUUUGUUAUGUCUAAGUCUCUUACUAUUAAGUUCAGUAAGUGCAGAAUCUGAAGAUCCAGAAGUUGAAGUAGAAAAUUUUGACCAAAGUUCAGAAGACACUAAUACUGAGACAGGCAGAUCUUCUAUGGAGGUUGUAUACAAAACACCAGAGCCUAUAGGAGAAGUAUACUUUACUGAAACCUUUGAUGACGCAAUAUUGUCCGGUUGGAUUUUAUCUCAGACCAAAAAGGAGGACACAGAUGAAAACAUUGCAAAGUAUGAUGGAAGAUGGGAAAUAGAACCAUUAAAAGAAAACAUGGUGCCUGGUGACAGAGGAUUGGUACUAAAAUCAGUAGCAAAACAUCAUGCAAUAUCAACGAUGUUAACAAAGCCAUUUAUUUUUGAUAGCACACCACUAAUUGUUCAAUAUGAAGUGAACUUUCAGGAUGGCAUUGAUUGUGGUGGUGCAUAUGUUAAACUUCUAUCCAAAAGUGACGAUUUGGAUCUGGAAUAUUUCUAUGAUAAAACAUCAUACACAAUUAUGUUUGGGCCAGAUAAAUGUGGAGAAGACUAUAAACUACACUUUAUCUUCAGACAUAAACAUCCUAAGACUGGAGAUUAUGAGGAAAAGCACGCCAAGCGACCUGAUGUAGAUCUGAAAAAAAUUUAUACUGACAGGAAGACCCAUCUAUAUACCCUUGUGCUGAAACCUGAUAAUACUUUUGAAGUAUUAAUUGACCAAGCAGUUGUCAGCAAGGGAAAUCUCCUAGAAGACAUGAUUCCACCUGUAAAUCCACCAAAAGAGAUAGAAGAUCCUAAUGAUAAGAAGCCUGAAGACUGGGAUGAGAGAGCUAAAAUACCUGAUCCUGAUGCUGUAAAGCCAGAUGACUGGAAUGAAGAUGAGCCUCCAAAAAUAGAAGAUCCUGAUGCAGUUAAACCUGAAGGAUGGCUUGAUAAUGAACCUGAAUACAUUCCAGAUCCAAAUGCAGAAAAACCAGAAGAUUGGGAUGAAGAAAUGGAUGGGGUGUGGGAAGCUCCACAGAUUCCUAAUCCAAAAUGUGAAGCUGCACCUGGUUGUGGGGUAUGGGUACGCCCCAUGAUGAACAAUCCAAACUAUAAAGGAAAAUGGAAACCACCAAUGAUAGAAAAUCCUAACUAUCAGGGUAUAUGGAGUCCUCAGAAAAUUCCUAAUCCUGAUUAUUUUGAAGACGCUCAUCCUUUUCAGAUGACUACUGUUGAUGCUAUGGGUUUAGAACUCUGGUCUAUGACAUCAAAUAUUUACUUUGAUAACUUCAUAAUCUGUUCAGACAAGGAAGUUGCUGAUCGAUGGGCAGCAGAUGGCUGGGGCUUUAAAAAAUUGAUUGCAAGUGCCAAUGAACCUGGUAUGUUUAGCCAGUUGGUGACUGCUGCAGAAGAACGCCCAUGGCUUUGGAUUAUUUAUAUCUUAACACUGGCACUACCAAUAGGAAUGGGCAUAUUGUUCUGCUGGCCAUCCAAGAAAAUGGAUGACGAUAUAGACUACAAAAAAACUGAUUUAGCUAAGCCAAUUACAAAAGGAGAACUAGAACAAGAGAUAUCAGAAAAGGAUGAAAUUAAAAAAACAAAUGAAAAUAUUGAUGAGGGAGGUAAGAUGAAGAUGAUGAAGAAGAAAAUGAUACUGCUGAUAGAAGUCAAGAGGAGGAGGAUAAAUCUCAUUCAGAAGAGGAUGAGAUGAGAGAAGCAGAUGAAAGCACUGGGUCUGUCGAUGGACCUGCAAAAUCAGUACGUAAACGAAGAGUUCGAAAAGACUAACACACUUCCAUCUAGUAUUAUUUGUUUCUAGUUACAGAAUCCAGUCAUACUGUUUUAACACUGGCACAGGCAUGGAGAUUAUUAACUCUUAAACAAAGACUGAACUCAGUUUUGAUUUUAAAUCCUAUUUUCCAGACCCUCUUCAUCUUGUCAGGUUUUUCAUUUUCUUUUUGAAGAAACAUUCCUACUUGUUGAGUUAUUGGGUUCUUUACUUCACAGAAGAUUUUUUUAAAAUGGUGAUAGGCCUGAUUUACUAUAAAUAUUCUUUGAAGUUAUUUAAUAUUGUUUGGAAACUCUUACAUCAAUUUUUGUUCCUAGCUCUAGAGAGGAUAUAUUAUUUUUAAGAUUUAGAAGUUAAAAAUUUCAAAGAUGAUAAAAUCACUUUGAUAUUUUGAGCUGAAUGCAAUAACUGUGUUUGGCUGUUAAUUACAUUUUUGAAAACUGUAAUAUUUACUUACAUUUUGUUGUAAUGUGUGUUUAAUGCUUGUUAUAGUUGCUACUGCUUUUUGUCCUACAAGGCACUUCAUUGUUAUUAAUUUUAAACUAUAACAUGUUUUACAUUUAAAUGGAAAAACAUUAACCGUAUUUAUGUAACUGGUGUACAUGAAAUUUUUCAUGCUUUUAUAGUUUUAUGUUUCAAGCCAGAUUGGCAAAAUCCAUGUACAAUUUACUUCCUAAAUUAUAUUGAUUCCUAAAUAAAAAUCUUUAAUAU